AUGGGCAGCUGUUGCACAAACCACCCCCUCCUCCGCAUCGAUAUGCACACCCAUAUCAUGCCCCCAUCUUUCCCCGAUCUCUCCUCAUAUCCCUCCAACACCCCUCCACCAUCAUCCUCAGAAUCACCAUGUCUCACCCUGCGCCCAAACCCCACCAACCCAGACGAGGUAGACAUGUACGUGGGCGACCGCUUCUUCCGCACCGUCGAGAAAAACUGCUACGACACCGCAACAAGACUCGCAGAGAUGGACGCCGCAGGCACAGACGUGCAGGUCCUCAGCACGAUCCCCAUCCUCUUCUUCUACGACCAGCCAUCCGCCCCCGUGACCGUUCUGGCUAGGCACCUAAACGACCACAUCGCCUCCGUCUGCCGACAGCAUCCAACCCGGUUCCUAGGUCUCGCCACCGUACCACUCCAAGACGUCCCAGCCGCCGUCGCGGAGCUCCACCGCGCAAAGCACGAGCUGAGCCUCCACGGCGUCGAGAUCGGAACCACAAUCGACGGGGUCACGCUCGACGACCCGGCCCUGCAUCCCUUCUGGGCGGCCUGCGAGGAGCUGAACAUGCCGGUCUUCGUGCACCCGCUCGGCUACACCUGGCCGAAGGAGAAUCCGCGGCGCUGGGCAAAGUACUGGAGCAGUUGGCUGAUCGGGAUGCCGUGCGAGACGGCGCUAGCACUACACCUGCUGAUAUGCUCCGGGACGCUUCUCAAAUUUCCAAAGCUGAGGCUGUGUUUCGCGCAUGCGGGAGGGUCGUUCCCCACGUUACUUGGACGGAUCCAGCAUGGGUAUGACUGUCGGCCUGAUCUGGUGGCGGGGGAUGCGGGUGGUGUCACUCCCACCGAGCAUGCGACUGUGCGUGAGAAUAUCUGGAUCGAUAGUUUGACGCAUGAUGUUGAGUUGCUCGAGUAUCUGGUUAAGAAGGUGGGGGCGCACAGGAUGAUCAUGGGGAGUGACUAUCCGUUUCCGCUUGGGGAGGUGCCUGAGGCUGGGAAGAUGAUUGCGAAGGAUGGACGGUUAGAACAGUUUUUGUCCUGGAGGCAGCGGGCUGAAAUCCUCGCAGGGAACGCUCUGAGGUUUCUGAAUUUGGAUAAGGAUGAGAAGUGGAAGGGUUUGAUGGAGGAGCGGUGGAGGAUGUUUGAGAAGGUAUAUAUCAAGUAA